AUGGCUGCCAGCAGGAAACGUACACGCAGUGUAGAUUACAGUCAGUUAAACUCUUUUUCUUCUGCCGUACUGUAUGACACCGCGCCGAAGAGAAGAAAAUCCAAAUUUUACGCAGUUGAGAGAAUCAUUGAGAGAAGAAGAAGGUCACAGGUAAACGAUACAUUCUGUGUGAAUAUUGCUUAUCUUUUGAGAAGUAUAAUGCAUGGCCAUAAUACGUGUCAAUGAAUCCCCCUGCAAUAUUAAAAGACAGCAUCAAGGCUAUUUUAAUGAAAUAUUUUAGGAUUACGAGUACCUCAUCAAGUGGCAAGGAUGGCCCUUCCACAGCUGCUCGUGGGAGCCGUCCGAGAAUUUAAAUCUCACACUAUUAAGGUAUGGAUGAUAUUAAUUGCUAUUGAGUCCAUUAUUUUUCAAGUGUUUAUUGUAUAUAUGUAUAUAUAUUUAUAUAUUUAUAUAGGCAGUACAGUCAAAUUAAUAUAAUUCUAAUAUUUUAAUUUGCUACAAUUGUUCCUUUUAACUUGUAGGAGUUAUGAUCAACCAUCCAGGCCGGAUAAAACAAGAUUUGAACAAUCUUGCAGAAAUUUUCUCCAUGCUAUUCAGUCAGGCUUAAAAUCAAAGUCAACUGCGAUAAUCUAUGUCGACAUGGAUUUGGAUGUGUGGCGGUAUAUUACUUGCAACCAAGGACGAAAGUCCAAUCACAAAGGGCACAUAUUGUUUGAAAGAGAGGACUUUCGACGGUUUGAGGGCUUGCCUGAUGAUUGGUGCUUCAUUCUCAAUCAACAUGGUGAAGGCGUUUCAAUAGACUUUCCAUUAAAGGCGAAGCCACUCGUUUCUUGGACUGCGUUGAGUUAUAUCGUAAAAAGUGGAAAGCUUGUCAUGGCACCAAAAAUGCCAAUAAAAAAGGUUGUACUUUCUUUUGCUAAACGAGCAUGUAAUAUGGAUAAUAUAUGA